GUCGAGAUGAUGGUCGAGUUGCUUCCCCAACUUGCCCAACUGCCGGUACAACCCCGCAUCAGGAACGUCCAGGAACCUCCCACAUCGCCCAACUAAAGAGGCUAAGAGCCACCAAUGCACCAUCUCCAUGUUCACCCAGUCUGCGUAUGCCAAGAAGGACCAUCUUGGGGCGCAUUUCCAUCGGCAUCUGGAAUCGGCACAUGGGAAAGGGACGCGUCUUUCCGUAUUCCGUGUUCCGUACCCCGUACCCAUCGGGGGCCAUCGUAUCUUUUCUGGUCCGUUUUUCCGAAACGUCGCCUUUUCUUUUCUUUUCGUCUCUGCAAGAUCCUACAUAAAUACCGGCUUGUUCACGGCAAACUUGAGGUGUUCUUCCCCCACGUUCUCUUUCUCCCUUUGGCUGGUUUCGCGUCACACCCUCUGGUCAUCGAAACCGGUCUCUCUACACUUCUUUCACUCCAAACAGUCCUCACCUGUUCCUACAGUAUUCUCCGACGCGCAUACUUGGUUUGGUGCCGGGAAGGUGGCACAGAGACAGUCAACUUGAGGACGGUAUUAUCGUGGUGUUUGGAGAAGGAAGGCGAAACUGCGAUGCAGUGAGUCGCCUCAACCACAUUAACCUACGAUACUAGGAUAGAUGAGGAUGCUACUUUGAAGAGAUGCAGGAAAUGUGAUGACAGCGUUCCGGCCUCCCCAUCGUGCUGAGGCUUGUCAGGUCCCGAACAUCUUGGACAAAACGAAGGCUGCCCCGUCCCUCUGAGACUGAGAUGCCAUGCCGUGGGAGGUAUGGCCCUUGCUUUUGUAGGUACCUGGGAUGAAGAG